UGACAUAUUGUGGCCUUGGCUAUCACUUUCAUCCUAUAAACUCAUGUAGGGCCUAAUAUUCUGUUAAAGAAUGAAAGGCCUGCUCCUUUCAGUCCAGAGAACUAUUUCCAAGAAUGGCAAGCCGAGCAUUUUCUUCGGUCCCUCCCUGCUGCACUUAUUGGGGGCGGGUAAAACUCCCACUCAACCCGGAACUGCGAAAACAAUCAAUUACUCUUCUAAAUUGUAAAUAUACUGUACAUCACAACAAUAUUUGGAUACGGUACGUUAACGGUAAGAUCGUCGUUCAUUACUUACAUUGAAGGAUACGAAUGCGGCUUGACUUUACAACGCGCACUUCUUCGGGAAAAGUUUGAACAGGGCUCAAACAUAAUAAGACCAUUGCCAUCAGGAUGCCUCAGCAGAAAGACAUAGUGAAGAUCGCGAUUCAAAUGCCAGGGGCCUACCCUCAACUUAUUCAGUUGGACCAGAAAAAGCCCCUUAGUGCUGUCAUUAAAGAAGUCUGUGAUCGGUGGAAUCUGCAGGGCCCAGACAACUAUGCCCUUCAGUAUGCAGACGGUGUCCAGACCUACAUCACUGAGUCUAAUCGUCUGGACAUUAAGAAUGGCAGCAUUCUACGCUUGACCAAGGCCCCUAGCCGCUGUGCUGAAGACUUGUUUAAGGGCAUACAGAGCUCAGACUCAGGAGUGCGCUGUGAUUCGCUGAAGCAGCUGGCCUCCUUGUCAACGGACGUCACGUUUGCCCAGGAAUUUAUCAAUCGUGAUGGACACUCCCUGUUGGUGAAGAUUGUGGAAGACCAUAAUGAGUCUGCUGUCAUUAUGACUCAUACUCUGAUGGGCUUCAUGGAACUGAUGGACCAUGGGAUUGUAUCAUGGGAGAACCUGUCCUUAAUCUUCAUAAAGAAGAUCGCCAGUUUUGUGAAUGCGAAGGCGUUGGACGCGUCCAUCCAACAGGUCUCACUGGCCAUCCUGGAGAGCAUGGUCCAGAGCAGCAGCAGCCUCUUCCACCACAUCAUGCAGGAGGUCACCCUGGAGAGGCUCAUAUUACACCUGCAGGUGACAAACCAGCAGAUUCAGACAAAAGCCAUGGCCCUGUUGAUGGCAUUGCUCCAAACAGCUGGGGAAGAAAAAAGACGGGAGCUGUUUGAUUUCCUUGCUAAGAAAAACCUUCGCCAAUACAUUUACAAGAACAUCAUCCACAGCUCGGGUCCAGUGGGGGACGAAAUGGCCCACUACCUGUAUGUCCUGCAGUCCCUCUCCCUUAACCAGCUGGAGCCGCGCAUGAGGACGCCUCUCGACUCCUACAGUCAGGAUCAGAGGGAGAUACUGCAUGCCCUGAGACAGGCUGCAUUCGAGACGGAGAGCGAGAACAGCUUGAGUACUGAGCGCCGGCGCUCCCUCUGUGCAAAGGAGUUUAAAAAGCUGGGCUUUUCUAACAAUAGCAACCCAGGGCAGGAUCUGAACCGCACACCUCCAGGUCUCCUGGCUUUGGACACUAUGGGCUACUUUGCCUCCCGCAAUCCUGACGCUUUCAGCAGGUUUGUUCUGGAGAACAGCAGUCGGGAGGACAAGCACGAGUGUCCAUUUGCCCGCAGCAGUAUCCAGCUCACACUUAUCCUCUGCGAAAUCUUACGCAUUGGAGAACCACCGUCUGAGACGGGCUCGCACUACCACCCGGUCUUCUUCUCCCAGGACCGGCUGCUGGAUGAACUCUUCUGCAUCUGCAUCCAGCUGCUCAACAAAACCUGGAAGGAGAUGCGGGCCACCCAGGAGGACUUUGAUAAGGUUAUGCAAGUUGUACGAGAGCAAAUUACAAGGACUCUGUCCAGUAAGCCUACCUCUCUGGAGCUGUUUAAGAAUAAAGUGAAUGCGCUCAACUACAGUGAGAUCCUUAAGCUGCGUCAGACCGAGCGACUGCACCAGGAGGAGACUCUUGCUCCCCCUGUCCUUGAGCUGAAGGAGCGUCUGAAACCUGAACUCUUGGAGCUGAUCCGCCAGCAGAGACUCCACCGCCUUUGCCACGGCACACUGUUCCGCAAGAUCAGCAGCCGCCGGAGACAGGACAAAUUGUGGUACUGCCGCCUCUCACCCAAUCACAAAAUGCUUCACUAUGGUGAUGUGGAGGAAGAAGCAGAGAUGCCUUCUAUUGAGGCACUUCAGGAGAAGAUUCCUGUGGCUGACAUCAAAGGUUUGCUGACCGGGAAGGACUGUCCUCACAUGAAGGAGAACAAAGGCAAACAGACAAAGGAAGUGCUGGAUCUUGCAUUCAGCAUAACAUACGACGUAGAGGAGUAUAGCCUGAAUUUCAUCGCCUCAUCCAGGACAGAUUUCUGCCUGUGGACAGACGGCUUGAAUGUGCUCCUGGGCCGCGACAUGAGCAGCGAGUGCAUGCGCAGUGAACUGGAGAUCCUCCUGUCCAUGGAGAUCAAGCUGCGCCUCCUGGACCUGGAGAAUGUGCCCAUCCCCGAACGCGCCCCGGCCGUCCCCAACCCCCCGAGCAACUUCAACUUCUGCUACGACUUCAGCCAGGCUGAGCAGUAGCCUCACGCAGUGUACUGGUCAGUGGGUGUAAGGGGAAGGAGCUGCCUGUCCUUAUAGACCGCCUGGCUUAGUAUGAGUGAGCAGAGAUAUAGAGAGUGAAGAUACUGCUUUGGAGUCUGUGUUGCUCUUUAAGAUGAGUGGACCCACAUGUUGACAUUAACAUGCUAGACUGGAUGACACUUUGUAUAGCCAUGGUACCUGGAAAAGAGGCAUUCAUUUUGAAAGCUUGAGGUCUUGUAAUAAUUAUUUUUAUUUUCUGCUUUCCCUCAUCUGUCCAAAUUCUUUAUUGUUAUUUUUUUUACAUUCACGUAGUAUUGACUUGAUUAAUUGCCAUCGUUCCGCUUUCUGUAGCACUCUUAUGUUUCUGUAUUUCAAGUGAUUCGUAGAUAGGCAGCUGUAGGCAGAGCACUUUUCACAGGUGUGGAUGGGAGAACUCUUGGUACUUGCCUUUGUUUUUUUCAGCCUAAUUUAAUUGAGUUAAUGUCACCGGUACUUGAGUAGCAAUAGCAAGUCAUUGUGAGACCUGAAACAGUGCUGAACUGGAGCACUAAAUACUGUAUGGUCACUAGCUGCUGAACUGAUAUGGUGAUCUUAGGUACUAAAUAUUCUGGGGUGUAGCCUAAGCUGCUGCUUGUAGGUUGCCCCCUAAUUUUAUAGAUAGUUUGCCUUUCUAUGCCAUGACAACUGAGCUUUGGUCUACAAGCAUGAUGAUUGAGGACAGGA